GGAUUGGCAUAGCGAUAAGCUAUAGAACGAUGACUCUCUUGACCUGGUGUACGUAUCAAUUCUCCAAGAAAAAUCCACGAAAGCCAUGUCAUUGGCCCAGGCAGAGUAGUCAGCGAUGGGCAUACAGGCGUAUCCCCUCCAUGUAAACGGCGAUGGAACGGGCACCCCGUGUGACUGAGUUAUCAGCGUCCCAAGGGCGGACAACAAAAUGCAACGGUUGGUGGGAUUGAGAUCGAUCCAGCCGCCCAGAACAAUCAGCUCGACACAUUGGACACGGGACCUGUAUCUUUCCUGUAGCCAGCAGUCGCGACUCGAAAUACUGACGGAUAUAUUGACUGAAGCACUGUUGAUGACACACAUGGCCACAUCCAACUGCAACAAGGCCAUCAACAGUGUUCUCCCAGCAAAUAGGGCAGGUUAGUCCACUGCUUUCGCGCGGGAUAUCUUUGACGUGUAGAAGAGUCGAGUGGGGUGGUGCUAUCGUUGCGUGUUUUGAAUCCGGGUCAUCCGGUAUCACAAUUGGAUUGUCUGGACUGUUGCCAAUACGGCUAGUUUUGUGCGAUCCUGGAGUGUUCCGCUUGGCUGGUAUAACGACCGCCAAGGAUGGUGAAUGGUGGCGAUAGGGGAAUGUGCGCGGAAUGUGUCUUCGAGGUGCUGUUCUCUGUUGUCUAUCCGACAUCCUUGCUGCGUGGUUCAGACUGAUCGGGAUAAACGCUCGACGUCUCGUUGCACUAUGGGUGCUGUCACACUGAGAAAUCGCUAUCGGGAUCUAGUGGACGCAAAAGCACAUCAAAUGACCAUCCAGGCACAGUCUUCAACUAUUCGGAUCAUAGACGUGGUCGAGUGAAUAUAGAGAAGU